GUCCCGCCCCGGUCCCGGUCCCAGCCCCGGCCAUGCCGUCCCGGCCCCGGCCCUGGCCCCGCCGUAGCCCCCGGUGACACCGCACAGGUUCGGGGCUGGGGACAUCCGGAGCCAGCAGCGAUGUCGGAGAGCGUGGCCGAGGCGCCGGGAGCCGGGAGCCCCGCGGCGCUGGGAGAGGAGGGCACCAGCCAUGAGCUGCUGCAGCGCCUGCGGGAGCUGGAGGCAGAGAACUCAGCCCUGGCCCAGGCCAAUGAGAACCAGCGGGAGACGUAUGAGCGCUGCCUGGACGAGGUUGCUAACCACGUGGUGCAGGCACUGCUCAACCAAAAGGACCUGCGUGAGGAGUGCAUCAAGCUGAAGAAACGCGUCUUCGAGCUGGAGCGGCAGAACCAGGUGCUGAGUGACCUGUUCCAGCAGAAGCUGCAGCUCUCCACUGGGUCCCUCCCUCAGCUGCCGCUGCACCCGGUGCCAGUGCCCCCGGAUGUCCCAGUGACCCCCCCGCCAGGCUCUGCUGAGCAAGAGCCCCCCCUGCUGCUCCCUGGCCUCUGUCUGUCCCUGCCUGAGGUGCUUCCACCAGUGCCAUCGGGCAGCCCUGGGCUCAGCCCCGGUGCCCCGCCCCUGGAUGCCCUGUCCCCAUUCUUCAAAAAGAAAGCCCAAAUCCUGGAGGUGCUGCGCAAGCUGGAGGAGACAGACCCUCUGUUGGGACCCCCCCCCGCCUCCCCCGGCUCCCCCGAGCCCUGCGCAGCCCUGGCUUGGCCCCCCUGCCCGCUGCGGGGGCCAGGGGCUGCGGGGGGCUGGCGGGGCACCGAGGGCAGCCCCUGCUCCUCUCCCGAGGAAGGGGGGCCGCCGCGGGGGGCUCUGCUCAGCGCCUUGGCCGAGCGGCUGCUGAGAGGUGAGGGGGGGGGCUGCUGCCGGCGCAACGGGGAAGCCCCCGGGGGCCCCCCUCGGCAGCGGCGCGGGGAGCACCCCGCUUUCCUGGGACUCUACACUCCGGGUGAGGAGAGCCCCGAGGGGGGCUUCACCCCGCUCUCACCUGGCGGGGUCCCCAACCCCCUGCCCUCCCCCACCAAGGUGCUCAAACUGCCGCCCCCCCCCGCGGGGCUGCGCCUCAGCCCCCAGCUCGCCCACCCCUCCAAGAUCCCCUGUCGCGGUGCCCACCCCGAGGCCUCACCGGUGCUCAGCCGCCGCCCAUCCCCCGAUGCCGCCCCAGACCCCGGCUCCACCGAGCCCCAGGCCUUCCCCCACCCCCGCACCUUCGAGGUGGUCGAGCAGCCCCCCGUGCCCCCCGUGUCCCCGGCACCCGCGGUCGGCGGGGAGCGGGCGGCCGCUUCCCCCCCUAGCUCUCGCCGUGGCACGGGGGCCUCGGCCCCCUGCCGCCGCCCUGGCAAGAAGCCCCCCGAGCCGGGCUACCUGCCCUUCAAGGAGCGCCUGGCAGCCCUGGGCAAGCUGCGGGGGGCUGAGGGCCGCGAACCGCCCGGCCCGGGGCGGCCCGAACGGGGCCAUGGGGCCGAGCUACGCCCCCCGGCCCGGGGGGGUUUGGGGGGCAGCCUGAAGCACCCCGAGCCAGCGCACGGCGCGGAGCCCCUGGCCCGCUGCUACUCUUCCGGCUCCAUGGGCGACCCCGGCAAGGCGGGGGGCAAGGGCCGCCCCGGCACCGGCCGGACACCCUCCCGGACCCCCCCCACGCCCCCCGCCAAAACCUCCCGCAGCCCCCACGGCAGCCCCACCAAGCUGCCCACCAAGGCAGGCAAAGCCGGGGCACAGCGGGGCGAGGAGCCCGCGGGCGCCAAGGCGGGCGGGGGUCCCCACAAAACCCCCGCGGACCCCGCGGAGCCCACGGGGCCGGCGCCGAGCGCCGCGGGGCACUCGGCCAUCGAGGAGAAGGUGAUGAAGGGCAUCGAGGAGAACGUGCUGCGGCUGCAGGGGCAGGAGCGGGCGCCGGGCGCCGAGGCCAAGGGCAAGGCAGCCGGGCUGGCGAGCUGGUUCGGGCUGCGGCGCAGCAAACUGCCCGCGCUGAGCCGGAGAGGGGACGGCGGGCGCGGGCGCGAGUGGGCUGGGACCCCCGCACCCCUUCGCCGAGAGGUCAAGCUGGCCGCCCGCAAGCUGGAAGCCGAGAGUCUCAACAUCUCGAAGCUGAUGGAGAAGGCGGAGGAUCUGCGGAAAGCGCUGCGGGAGGAGCACGCGUUCCUGCAGGGACUGGCGCUGGAGAAGGGGCGUCCCCGUGGGCCCCCGCGAGGCCCCGGCCCCCUCCCUGUCAUGUACCAGGAGGUGACGGCCGAGACCUUCAUGCAGCAGCUGCUGGACAGGGUGGACGGGAAGGACGUCCCCUACGAGACCCGCCUGGAGCACAAGCGGGAGCUUUGUGACCUCCGGAGGGUCCCCCCCGACGCCAAAGAACCCCGGCUCUGCCGCCCGCCCCGCAACGGCAUCGUGGGACACCUGCGGGAGCCCUCGGACAAGGUGAGGACCCCGCAGGCCUCCGCUCCGGGGGGACCCCGCAGCCCUUCAGCCUCUGCAUCCCCGCAGGUGCCCGACGUGGGGCUCCGGGAUGAGCUGCCGUCCGACGAGAGCCUGUCCGAGUCGGGGACUGGGCAGCAUUUCGCCGCCUGCGGGUCUCUGACGCGGACACUGGACAGCGGAAUCGGGACCUUCCCGCCCCCCGACUACGGGGGGGUCCCCGCCAAGAACACCCCCAAACCGCGGGGCCGCCCCGAGCCGCUGCCCGGAGCCGUGCCGGCCGCCGUCACCAAAGUGCCGCGCAAGGCCCGGACGCUGGAGCGGGAGGUGCCCAGCGCCGAAGAGCUUCUGGUACCGGGAAAACACCGGAGCGCUCCGGGCUGCCGCCUCCCUGCCCCCCCCAGCUCGCACGGGCACCGCGCCGCACCCCAAGACACCGGGGAUGACGCCAGGAAGCCGCGGCGUGUCCAGCAGAGCAAGAACUGGACCUUCCCCAACGCCAAAGCCUGCGGCGCUGCUGACCCCUUCGUGUGCCCCCCCGGCGGGCUGGAGGGGCUGCAUCGGCCUGUGCAGGCCCCCGUGUGCAGCCCCGCGGGGCAUCGAGGGGCAUCCCCGGAGGCUCCCCCACCUCUGCCCCCCGCCCUGAGCACUAGCAGCAGCCGGACCCCCAGCGCCUCAGACGUGGGGGACGAGGGCAGCACGGAGGCACGGUCCCGGGACGGGGGGCACGGCCCCGCCGGGCUGGAACACUCCGAGUCCCUCAGCGAUUCGCUCUACGACAGCCUCUCCUCCUGCGGCAGCCAGGGCUGAGCCGCCCCGGCCCCGCUCCCGCGUCUUCCAGCCCGUCCCCGCUGCUCCCCGCUCCUGCUCUGAGGGUGCUGCCCGGGCCGGGAGUGUCCGGUGUCUGUCGCUCCCUCUCCCGGCUCUCUCCGAUGGUGCUAUGGCCCUGUACAGCCCCCGCCGAUGGGUUUUUAACUCAAUAAAGCCACCCCUCCCCAGCCCGGGUUAUUUAUACA